AUGGUUGCACUUCGUCACAGUCUCUUCACGGUUGUACUUCAUCACAGUCUCUUCACGGUUGCACUUCGUCACAGUCUCUUCACGGUUGCACUUCGUCACAGUCUCUUCACGGUUGCACUUCGUCACAGUCUCUUCACGGUUGCACUUCGUCACAGUCUCUUCACGGUUGCACUUCGUCACAGUCUCUUCACGGUUGCACUUCGUCACAGUCUCUUCACGGUUGCACUUCGUCACAGUCUCUUCACGGUUGCACUUCGUCACAGCCUCUUCACGGUUGCACUUCGUCACAGUCUCUCUCCCCCCUACUCCCUACUCCCUCGCCCUCGUCACCCCCAUUCCUCCCCGUCCCCUUCCACGCAGCUGCACAAGUGGUCGUUGGUGGCAGCGCUGGUGACAGAUGAGCUGCACAAGCGGUCGUUGGUGGCAGCGCUGGUGACAGAUGAGGUCCUGCACAAGCGGUCACUAGUGGCAGCGCUGGUGACGGACGAGGUUGUAACGGCGUGUACCAACGCACCACGGGGCAAUGAGCAGUAUGCGGCCGUGUUUGCUGCGUUCAUCGCAGCAACGGCAUCAACGGUUGGGAUCGACUUCGCUGCCAACUUUGCCGCCACCCUUGCCAUUCGUUUUGAGGCUGCGUACGAAGCAGAUGAGGCACUGGGGUUGCGUAACCUCACCAUGCUGUUCAAUCGCCCACCAACCCAACUCAUUCUCCCCCUUCCCAUCACCCCCCAUCAGGCGCUGUACGAAGCAGAUGAAGCACUGGGGCCUCCUCUACUCUUUGUGCCCGCUUUCUUCCCGUUUCCAGCCAACGCUUCCUUCUUUUUAGAACUCUUUGUCGUCCGUUUCUCCCUUCGCUCUUCUCGUCUUUACCGCUCUGUGUUGCCGUGCUCAUCUUUGCAGGGAGCGUGCGGCCUUGCUCUGAGAGCCGAUGACCCUGUAGCAAUGAAGGAGUUCAUCCUUGCCGUGCAGAGCAAGGCAGCUGACAUACGGAGGCAGGCGCAGGAGGCACAGAGUGAGGGUGCUGCUGGUGCAAAGGCAGCGCCAGUGCUGAGCAAGCGGAGCAAGGCAGCUGACAUACGGAGGCAGGCGCAGGAGGCACAGAGUGAGGGUGCUGCUGGUGCAAAGGCAGCGCCAGUGCUGAGCAAGCGGGUGGAGUUCGUGCUCGAGACCAUCACAGACAUCAAGAACAACCUAGCGCCCCAUGCCGUUGGUUGUGCUGCCCCUAUUUGUCAACCCUUACAUGUCCGCGCCAUCCCACCCCUCACAACCACUACCUCCCACCUCCCAUCACAGGUGGAGUUCAUGCUCGAGACCAUCACGGACAUCAAGAACAACCGAGCGCCGCGCAACGCCGGUCGCAGGGGAGGAGGGGGAGGAGGGGAGACCAUGCCUGUAGCAGAGGGGGCAAGUGGGGGAGGCAACCUCUCAUGCCAACCCUUUCUUCUCCUCACAGCCCCCAACAUCACAGGUGGAGUUCAUGCUCGAAACAAUCACGGACAUCAAGAACAACCGGGCGCCCCGUGCCACCCCUUGCACUGCCUGUUGCUGUCACUUCAACUCACCCCCUCUCUCCCCUCACCCCUCAUCCAUCCCCCAUCGCAGGUGGAGUUCAUGCUCAGGACCAUCACGGACAUCAAGAACAACCGAGCGCCGCGCAACUCUCUUCCACUGUAUAUUAUUGUGGAGUUCAUGCUCGAGACAAUCACGGACAUUAAGAACAACCGAGCGCCUCGCAACGCCGGCCGCAGGGGGGGCAGUGGGACCAUGGGAGGAACAGGGGGAGCAGGGGGGACAGUGAUGGGGGGAGGGGGCGCGGCCGUAGGGGGAGGGGGAGGGGCUGCAGGGAAGGGGAAGGGGAAGGGGAAGGGGGCAGUGAGCGUGUUUACAAAGGGAGGGGGAGGAGCAGAGGCGAGUGACGGCAGCACUGCCGUUUCUCGUUUGCAAAAGUGGCUGCUCAAGUUUGAUAUGGGUGGUGAGCGUGUUUCAAAAGAGAGGUGGGGGAGCAUAGCGCGGAGGGAAAGUAGGGGGGAAGGGAAGGCGAGUGACCGCAGCACAGCCAUCUCCUGCCUGCAGAAGUGGCUGCUCAAGCUACGAUCGCUGACGUGGCAGCGCCUGAUUGACCCGCACAAGCACGGCCAAUGGUGGCACACCUCCUCCUCCUCCCAACCCCUCGGCUCCCUACCUGCCACGUCAGCAGCACUGGGGGGCAGCAGCGUCAGCGCCAGCCUGGCGGUCCAGCUGGCGGGGAACGCGCUGCUGGACGCUGCUGACGUGGCGGAAGCUGAGAGGCUGAUGCAGCUGGCGGCGGCGCAGAGGAUGAACACGGACGCCAGGCGGGCGGUGUUCUGUGUGAUUAUGAGCGCAGAGGACUAUAUUGAUGCCUUUGAGAAACUGCUGAGGUUGGGUCUACCUGGCAAGCAGGUGUGUUCUCUUGCUUGUGAUGCUCCUCCUGACCGGGAGAUUCUGAGGGUUCUCGACCGGGAAAUCUUGCGAGUACUGGUGGAGUGCUGUAUGCAGGAGCGCCAUUUCAACAAGUAUUAUUCCCUUCUAGCGGGGCGGCUGUGUGGGCACGCUCGGAGUCACAAGUUCAGUCUGCAGUACUGCCUGUGGGACCACUACCAACAGCUCCCUGACAUGGACCCCCGCCGCUCCCUCCACCUCGCUCAGUUCGCCGCCCAGAUCGUGGGCAACCACGCGCUGUCCCUCGCGCUGCUCAAG